AUGUUUACUUCCAAAAGUAGGCAAAAGAGUUAUGCUGUUCCUAAGCGCCGAGACAUAGAGUUUUUGAGAGGAGAAAGUGUCUUCCUAUGGAUUUCACCAAUGAAGGGUGUAAAAUGCUUCAAAAAGAGGGGCAAGUUAAGUCUCAGGUUCAUAGGGCCAUUUAAUAUACUCGAGAAGGUUGGACAAGUAGCGUAUCUGCUAGCUUUACCUCCUGCAUUUUCGAUAGUUCACAAUUUUUUUCAUGUGUCAAUGCUGAGGAAGUAUGUGUCUGAUUCAACUCAUGUCUUGAGUUAUGAUGCCCUAGAGUUGGCACCAGAUCUAUCCUAUGAUGAACAACCAGUUCAGAUCCUCAAUAAGAAGGAUAAAGUUCCACAGAACAAUACUAUAUCCUUAGUCAAGGUACUCUGGAAGAACACCAACGUAGAAGAGGCUACCCUGAGAGUUAGAGUCUAA